AUGGCGAUUCUCUCUCUUCCCUCUCUUCCCUCUCUUCCCUCACUCACUUCACUACUCAAACCUCACUUCUCCUUCUUCCUCACCUCAAGACCGAACCCUAUCACCGUUGGCAAGCGGUAUUUCUCCAGAACCACAAUCUCAGCUAUAAAAACGUCUUCACAAUCUCAGAAUUCGUUCACAGAGUCGGUUUCAGAGCCACCGCCACCAAAGAAAGACUCUGUCCCGAGUUUUCAACAAGCCAUCCAGCGCCUGCAGGAAUAUUGGGCUUCUGUUGGAUGUUCUAUAAUGCAGUGCAGCAACACUGAGGUUGGAGCUGGGACUAUGAAUCCUCUUACCUUCUUAAGGGUUCUUGGUCCAGAACCGUGGAAUGUAGCGUACGUGGAGCCCAGUAUCCGCCCUGAUGAUAGCCGUUAUGGUGAAAACCCUAAUAGGCUUCAACGCCACACUCAAUUUCAGGUUAUAUUGAAGCCUGAUCCUGGAAAUUCACAAGAUCUGUUUAUACGGAGUCUUUCCGCCUUAGGCAUUGAUGUCAAUGAACAUGAUAUAAGAUUUGUGGAGGACAACUGGGAAAGCCCUGUGCUUGGUGCCUGGGGAUUGGGCUGGGAAGUUUGGAUGGAUGGGAUGGAGAUCACACAAUUCACCUACUUCCAGCAGGCCGGAAGCCUUCAAUUGCUGCCAAUAUCUGUUGAGAUCACUUACGGUCUUGAACGUAUUCUCAUGUUACUUCAGGGAGUUGAUCACUUCAAGAAAAUUCGAUAUGCUGAUGGGAUAACAUAUGGAGAACUUUUUUUAGAGAAUGAGAAAGAAAUGAGUGCAUAUUAUCUGGAGCAUGCCAGUGUUGAUCAUAUCCAAAAGCAUUUUGAUUUUUUUGAGGCUGAAGCGCGCUCUUUGCUUGGUUUAGGCCUUGCAAUACCUGCGUAUGAUCAGCUUUUGAAGACUUCCCAUGCUUUCAAUAUCUUAGACUCUAGAGGCUUUGUUGGGGUAACAGAACGUGCCCGUUAUUUUGGUAGGAUGCGUAGUUUGGCUCGGCAAUGUGCACAACUUUGGUUGAAUACACGGGAGUCGCUUGGCCAUCCAUUGAGUAUUAUUUCUGGACCCAAUCAACUUGGCAUUCCAGAAGACGUUUUGGAGGUAGCAGUGCAAAAGGUGCCUGCAGAGCCAAGAUUGUUUGUUCUUGAAAUUGGGACAGAAGAAUUGCCACCAAAUGAUGUUAUUAAUGCAAGCCAGCAACUUAAAGAUCUUGUUGUACAGCUGUUGGUAAAACAAAGGUUGAGCCACAGUGAGGUGCUAACAUUUGGCACACCACGCAGGCUAGUGGUGCCUGCAGAGCCAAGAUUGUUUGUUCUUGAAAUUGGGACAGAAGAAUUGCCACCAAAUGAUGUUAUUAAUGCAAGCCAGCAACUUAAAGAUCUUGUUGUACAGCUGUUGGUAAAACAAAGGUUGAGCCACAGUGAGGUGCUAACAUUUGGCACACCACGCAGGCUAGUGGUUUAUGUUGAGAGCCUAUGCUCAAAGCAAUUGGAGAAUGAGGUUGAAGUUCGAGGACCUCCAGUUUCGAAGGCAUUUGACCAGCAAGGAAAUCCUACGAAGGCUGCUGAGGGGUUUUGUCAUAGAUACUCUGUACCUUUAGACUCCUUGUAUAGAAAGGCUGAAGGGAAAACAGAGUACAUUUAUGCUCGUGUGGUGGAGCCUUCACGACUUGCAUUGGAGGUUUUGUCCGAAGAGUUGCCUGGUACAAUUGCUAAAAUCUCCUUCCCCAAGUCAAUGCGUUGGAACUCUGAGGUCAUGUUCAGCAGACCUAUUCGUUGGAUUUUGGCCCUCCAUGGGGACAUGAUAGUUCCGUUUAUUUUUGCUGGUAUUUUAAGUGGAAAUCUAUCUCAUGGUCUUCGAAAUACUCCUUCAUCUACUUUAAAGUUGAAAAGUGCAGAAUCAUAUUCCAAUGCAAUGCAGCUUGCUGGAAUUUCUGUUGAUAUCGAGCAUCGCAAGAACACAAUUCUAGAGCGCUCCAGUGUUCUAGCAAAGGGUGUUAAUGGGUGUAUUGUCAUGCAGAGUGGCUUACUUGAUGAGGUUGUGAAUCUUGUUGAGGCACCUGUUCCAGUUCUUGGGAAAUUUAAAGAGUCUUUCCUAGAGCUUCCCAAAGAUCUGCUAAUAAUGGUUAUGCAGAAGCACCAGAAGUAUUUUGCCAUCACCAAUGAAAAUGGAAAUCUUUUACCCUACUUCAUAUCUGUUGCUAAUGGAGCAAUCAAUGAGGCAGUGGUGAGAAAGGGAAAUGAAGCUGUACUUAGAGCUCGAUAUGAAGAUGCAAAGUUUUUCUAUGAGAUGGAUACAAGUAAGAAGUUUUCAGAAUUUCGAAGUCAAUUGAAGGGGAUUCUUUUCCAUGAGAAGCUAGGUACAAUGCUAGACAAGAUGAUACGGGUCCAGAGCACAGUUACUGAACUGGGCUUGGCUCUGGGAAUUAAUGAAGAUGAUCUUCAAAUUGUUCAGGAUGCUGCAUCGUUGGCUAUGUCAGAUCUUGCUACUGCUGUUGUUACAGAAUUUACUUCUCUUUCAGGGAUAAUGGCGCACCAUUAUGCUCUUAGAGAUGGCUACUCAGAGCAGAUUUCAGAGGCAUUGUUUGAGAUCACAGUUCCACGAUUUUCAGGAGAUGUACUUCCCAAAACAGAUGCAGGGAUCGUGUUGGCAAUUGCAGACAGGUUAGAUAGCCUUGUCGGCUUAUUUGGAGCUGGUUGUCAGCCAAGUUCCAGUAAUGAUCCAUUUGGCUUGCGGAGAAUCUCUUAUGGUCUUGUCCAAGUGUUGGUGGAAAACAACAGAAAUUUGGAUUUAAGACAUGCUUUAGGACUUGCUGCUGCUGUCCAACCCAUCAAAAUUGAUGCCAAAACAAUUGGUGAUGUACAUCAAUUUGUAACCCGGAGGCUGGAGCAAUUUCUGGUUGAUAAGGGAAUAAAUCCAGAAGUGGUUCGGUCUAUUCUUAUGGAACGCGCAAACUGGCCUUGUCUAGCGACCAAGUCUGCAUUUCAAGUAACUUACUUCUAUUUGAAGAUGCCCAUAUACUGAUAUCUGCUCUGAGUUUGUCCAUCAAAUGAUUACUACCUAAAAUGUACCUUUAUAAUUGAAUUCUGCAAUUGAUGAUCUGUUUAGGCUUUUUUCCCUUGUGCUGUUUUUUUUUUCCUCUUUUCCUUUUCUUUUUUCCCAACUAUUUUGGUUGUCUGAAUGUACUUUCUCACUUUGCUUUUAGUUACACUGGUUUACUUCCAAGAAACAGUAUCAUGCGUUACUGCCUUUUAAGAAAACUAACAGACAAUCUGAAGAAAAAUUUGUGACGUUGGGAUUAGUGAUGAAUUUCUUUGUACUAUCUGUUUAAAGUAGAGGAGAUGGGUGGCUAUUUAAAAGCUCUUGACCAUGGUUAUUUUUCUUAGGGUUAGGAAUAAGUUGAUAAAGAUGAGAAAAAUACUUUUUAGAUUACUAGCAAUGCAAAUGCACGUGAAAAUUUAAGUACUAAAAAUUUUCUUGAAAUCUGUAAAAAGAAAAACAAGUUAUAUGCUUACAUAAAUUAAAGCAAGUGACAUCUCAUUUUCUAAGUUUUUAUUUGUAUUCUCUAUAUUAUGUAAUUAAAAAAAGUUCAAGGAAAAUUGAGUAAUAAGAAAAAAAUUAAAUAGUUCAUGUUUUAACUUCAAAACAAAAAGGAAAUAGUACCUGUUUUAGUAUAGAAGAUCAGCAUUGUUUUAGGGGAUUUUUUCUAGCGUUAUAUUAUAGAGUGUUUUAAAAAGGUUUUCAAACAUUGUGAGAUUUAGAAUUUUUUAUUUAUUAUUUGUUUGUUAUUUGCAUUAUUUCUUAAUUUUAAAAAUAUAUACAUAUAGAUAUCAACCUCACGGAGAAAUGAAGGGAUUUUUAUGCCUUUUAAGUUUUAAAAUGGUAGGAUUGUUGUUAGUGAUAAUCACAAAUAUGGAUCAAUAUUUAUUUAUCUAAUUUUGAUUUAUCUGAGUAAAUUAAAUAUAAUAAUAUAU